UAUUCCGAGAAAAAGGAAAAGGAUGGACCGGUGGAGCGGAGAGAAGAAGCGGUUGGCUGCUCUCUCACUUAAAGCGUGUGAAAGUUUUCUAUAGAUAGAAAUUAGAGCAAGCCAUAUUAGAGAAAAGACUGUGUUUUGGUGACAGAGAGAGAGAGAGAGAGAGAGAGAGAGAGAGAGAGCUUUCUUCUCAGACCGGUAGAAUUACUCUGAGAAGGAAACAAAAACCCUCGAAGGCAAGAGAUGAAAUAAAUGAAGGAAGAAUGAAACAGAGCAGUCUGUUCGGCCACUCAAGGGAACUAACGUCGGCCCUCGUUUGAUAUUCUCCGUCCCAUGGCGAAAACAGGGGUCUUUAAAUCCGAUCCGAUGGUGAUGACUAAGGCGAUGGAAUUAAAGAAAGAACUGCAGAAGCUAGUGAGGAACAUUGUGGAUGAUGAGGAUUACCGGACGGAAUUGAUUGAUCAAGCAAGAGAGACUCUUUUUGCUUUGAAGGGACUGAAGGUGAAGAGGAGAUCAUCGUCGUUGAAGCUGCGUGAAACAGUGUUGUGCCCUGAAGAGUUUAAGUGCCCUUUAUCCAAGGAAUUGAUGAGAGAUCCUGUGGUUUUGGCUACAGGCCAGACGUAUGAUAGACCCUUCAUCCAGAAAUGGCUGAAAGCAGGCAAUCGGACGUGCCCUCUAACGCAACAAGUACUGUCGCACACGAUUCUCACUCCUAAUCUGUUGAUAAGGGAAAUGAUAUCGCAGUGGUGUAAGAGUCAGGGGUUAGAAUUGCCAGACCUUUCUCAAAAUGUUAACGAGGAAGGAAUAACAGAAGCAGAUCGCGACCAUUUUCUGUCUUUGCUUGAAAAAAUGUCUCUAACACUUCCUGAACAAAAAGAUGCAGCAAGGGAGCUGAGGCUGUUGACAAAGAGGAUGCCUUCAUUCCGGGCGUUAUUCAGCGAGUCACUUGAGGCCAUUCCUCAAUUGCUCAGACCACUCUCUGAGGGUAAGUCUGGAAGUUCGAUGUACCCUGAUCUCCAAGAAGAUAUCAUCACCACCCUGUUGAACCUUUCGAUCCACGACAAUAACAAGAAGCUUGUUGCUGAAACCCCCAUGGUAAUUCCUCUUCUUAUGGAAGCAUUAAGGUCUGGAAGUAUUGAGACGAGGACUAAUGCAGCUGCUGCCCUUUUCACACUCUCUGCUCUAGAUUCCAACAAGACACUGAUCGGCAAAUCAGGUGCCCUGAAACCACUUAUUGACCUUUUAGAGGAGGGACAUCCUUCAGCUAUGAAAGAUGUUGCUUCUGCAAUUUUUAACCUGUGUAUCAUCCAUGAAAACAAGGCGAGAGCUGUGAGGGAUGGUGCAUUAAAGGUGAUUCUGACGAAGAUCAUGAAUGGUAUGCAUGUUGAUGAAUUAUUGGCUAUCCUCGCUGUGCUUGCUAGUCAUCAAAAGGUGGUCGAGGAACUGGGAGACUCUGGAGCUGUUCCUUGCCUGCUUCGCAUUAUCAGGGAGAGCACCUGUGACCGCAACAAGGAAAAUUGCAUCGCCAUUCUCCAUACCAUCUGUUUGAACGACCGAACCAAGUGGAAAGUAAUGAGGGACGAGGAGAGUUCUUACGGAACAAUUUCUAAACUGGCUCGACAUGGCACUUCAAGGGCCAAGAGGAAAGCUAAUGGCAUCCUCGAGAGACUGAACAGGGCUGUCAAUCUGACUCAUACAGCAUAAUGAAUCCAGCUAUGAAUCCCUCUCAAAUUCAAACGUGUAAAUUCUACAUCUGUUUUCAGCACUUUGGUUGUCGAGGCAGCUCCCGCACGUGUCAUUCUCAAUCAUCUUCCUGUAAAUUCUCUUCAUCGGUAUUUCUAUUUCAGGCUUUUGGGUUAGUCAUUGUGAAUAAACACUAAACUUGCCAUAAUUUUUUUUCAAUUUUGUUUGGUGCUA